UUAAAUAAUUAUUAUUUUUUGUUUAUUUACUUAUGACCAUUUUCUUUAGCGCUGACAUUCAAAUUUAACUUUUUUUGGUAUGCUAGACGUCACUUUAAUUGGGUACAAAGUUGGCAUCACUUUCUAAAUAAAAACUUCAAAGCGUAUCUAUUUCGUGCAAGCAAAUUGUUCUAAUAUAAAUAAUAAAAUAUAAAAAUGAUAUCACAACCACAAGCCACUAAAGAAGAAGUUCUUAAAUUGAUGUCCAUGAGAGAUGCUUUAGAAUUAAAGAUUAAAGAAAAUGGUUUAAUUUUGGAGGCAAACGGAAACGUUGGUAUGAAUGGACCACUGGUAGAUGAAAAUGGAUUUCCUCGAACUGAUAUUGAUAUAUAUCAGGUUAGACAAGCUCGUCAACAAAUUAUUUGUCUACAAAAUGACCAUAAAACAUUAAUGAAACAAAUUGAACAAAACUUGCAUAAAUUGCACAAAGAAGCAUCAGAGGAGGAACAACAUCAAAAUAUUUCAAAUGUCACAGCAAACUUGCAAUUGGAAGAUGGUAACAGUACGCAUAAUGCCAGCGAUAAUGCUUCACCUGCAAUUGUGAAAGUCACUCUUAUAAGUCCAGGGUCACCAGCAGAAGAUGCAGGUCUAUGUGUUGAUGAUGAAAUAAUUGAGUUCGGAACUAUUAAUGCAAGUAAUUUUGAGAGAAAUCUUAAUCAAAUUGGAGCUGUUGUUAAUCAUAUGAAAGAUCAAAAAGUUUAUUUAAAAGUACGUCGCGGACAACAAUUGCAGCGCCUAUUAUUAAUACCAAAAAUUUGGAGUGGACGUGGGUUAUUGGGUUGUAAUAUUGUUUUAUUAGAAAGUUAAUUCAUGUCAGAUAUAUAAAUAAAUAGAUUUUUAAUCACACAUCAUCUGG